CAGCAAGCGUUCAAAUCUUCUUCUUUUUCGCGAUUUGGCGUUGCGUUCUUCGAAAGUAACAGCGUCUUCCGCAGUUUAAAUUCUUAAAUUAUUUUCCGAAAUCUCUUAGUUUUGUUUUGUUAGGGCGUAGACGAACAUCUUCGUCAACACAUAAGAUCAUGGCAUCAACGUCAAGUGCUUUAUGGCCAGUUUCAACCCAAAGAAAAAGGAAACUGUCUCAGGAUGACUCCGGAGAUGAGAGUGUCAUCAAGUACUACGUCACCCUUGAGAAGGAGGAGGAAGAUGAUGCAUUAGCUAAGGAGGACACAGGGUCUGAAAGUAUAUACACUAUUCAAGACAAGUCCACCAUGAUAGUCUGUGAUACAGAUUCAGAUUGGUCUGAAUCAGACAUCGAGUACGACGUCAAAAGCCUGGAUCAUAAUCCAAUUCAUCCAUUCAUGUGGGAUAAUAACUCCUCAAGUUCGGAAGAAUCGGUGAGAAAAGAGUUUUUCCCUGCCCGCCCAAAAGGGCACAAGAAACGAAAAUGCGAAAAUACCAAAAAUAGUAGUCAAAGUAACCUCAAAUUUUCCGACUCGGAAUCUGAGUCAAGUUUGCAUGAUGCUGACGAGAUGAAAGAUUCUAGUGUCAUUGUUGCACCAAGUAGCUCUCAGUCGACUGUGACGAGUAAAGACAGCCACAUCGAUAGUUCGAGCGAUUGCGAUGAAAGUUCCUCAGAUUCUAAAGUUAGAAAUUAUGUGAAGCAGAUUUCUAUAUCGACAGACUCUGGUCUCUCUGAUGUAGCUAAUGAAUAUCAAGAAGAAAGUAGGAAUUGUAACAUUUGUUUGAAGAAUCCCAAAAAUGCUGGUUUCUUCCAUGGCGGUAAAGUCCAUGUUUACUGCUGUUAUAAAUGCGCAAAGAAAGUUUGGCUCUACUUCAAAAAGUGCCCUGUCUGCAAUAGGAAAGUAAGUUGUGUUGUGCGACUUAUAUUCAGCUAGGAAUUAGGUAUAUUAAUUAAUUUCCUCUCAACUAGUUUUUCAUGAACUGGUUUCUUAAAUUUAUCAAAAUCAAAACAUUUCCAGUCGCAAAGAUUGCAUUUUGGCAGAUAUGAAUUCUCGGUGCUCUUACUUAAUACUGAGUUGGAAGUCUAAUUAAUCCGUAUCUCUUUAUAAUGCAAAUUUUCAAUAAGUAAAAUCUUUGCUUUCAUUGUUCUGAAAGAAAGAUAAAAUUUAUCCUCUGGUACAGUAGCUGAGUAUGAAAUAAGCCAGAAUCAGAUCUGUCUCUUGAAGUCUCUUCUUCUCUUCCUCCUGUGGAUUAAAAAAGAAAAAAACAAAACAAAAUUUUUAUGCUGUGCAGCUAUUGAAAAUCUGAAGCAAAGUUCAUUGUUGAAUUUUUGUAACUUUUUAUCCAUUUCUUUAUUUAUUGAUUUCAAAAUCUGCCGAAAAUCAAGAACGGGUUUUCUAGUGUACUUCAGUGCAGAGUCUAAUUAAACUUGACUUGCAUUGUUGAUUUCGAGUCAGGUUCAUUUUUGUAAUUUUACUCAGGGCUUGUUCAGUUUUGACUUGACUCCUAAGAGUUAGUCCAAGUACUGAUUAAUGAUAACUUCCUGAAGAUAAUGUCGCAACCAUUAAACAAUUUUAAUACCGACAAGGUAGAAAAAUAAAUUUUAGGAAAUCGUAACAAUGACCGAACACUAUAAAAUACGAUGAUAGACUCUAAUAAAGGAAAACUUGUCCAAAAAAUCUCUAUCUACUCAUAGCACACUACAUAUUCAGGACUACCACAGCAAGGGUAACUAAGCUUACACUAGGGAAGUGCGAUCCUCAAUAUGAUUGAUUGAUCUAGCCUUAAAUCCAUCAACUUCAAAAAUCGUAUGAGAGGUAACUGGAUACAAGAAACCAAGUGUAAUUAGCUGUAACAUAUUGUCUGCAGACUUUAAAAGAAUCUAGUUACAAUAGAGGGAGAUUGUUUUGACAUUUUCCAAGUUCUACCAAAGAAUUUUUGUAUAUAUCACAAUUAGUUUCGUUUGUACAUGAAAAUCUGUCUUGUAUGUGCGAGAAUCUGUCCAAAUGUGUUGAUGUUGCAAAAAGCUCUAUCAGAGUUUCUAAAUUGAUUUUAACCAUCCACAGAGCUUUGGAACAAAACUGAUCAAGCACUAAAAUUUGAAUAUACUUAAAAUACUAUUUUGUCGGAUCUCUGUCUCAAAACACUUUUGAGAAUACAGAUGAGAAAGAAUCAAAGAGUGCGUCUUGCGUGAACCUCUCUACUUAUGUUGUAACUCAAAAUAAUUAAAAACCUCAUUAGUCUCAACUUCAGACCUCCCUCCCCCCUCCAAAGAAAAUUGCUCUUAUUUUGAAUUCUUGGAUAUAGUAGCAAGUCAGCUAUCAAUUUUUGCACUCUUAUGAGCGUGCCUAAAUUGUUCCAAAAAAUUUCCCAAUUUGCAGAGAUUAAGGUUCUGUCCAUACGAGCGCGGAACUCAGUUCGAGGAACUUGUUCCCGGAACAAGUUUUUAGCUGUGCUAAAACUUAUUCCUCCAAAACCGGGAACUUCCCCUGUACUCCGAGCUGCCACAUAUGUUUCUUUUGAUGUGAAUUUGCUUGUUUUUGUUUUUUACGUCCUUUACAUAUCUUGACAUUUAUUUUUGUUACUUUGGCGGUCGUGAUAAUCUAUUAUUUUGCAAUAAUUUUAUAGUUUUAAUGAAGUCACGGUUCCAGUUAGGGCGAACUCGUGUGGACAGCAUGCCUCGUUUCAAGGAAUAAGUUCCGGGAACUGAGCAGUUCGAGGAGUAAGUUCCGCGAACUACGCUCGUGUGGACAGAGCCUUAUGUUUGGGAGGAUCUUUCAAUGUAUGAACACAUCAAUGAUUUGGUGAAAUCUUAAGUCGAAGAAGUUAUUAAAGUUUUCAUUUUGAAAUAGUGCCUGACAUUGAGGACCUAACAACCUGUAGUCAAAGUUUUCAUCUUGAAAAGGAAACCUGCAGGAAUUCAUGUCAGAAACUUUUUUUUUUUUUUGUAUUGCGCAAUUCUUUUCAAGAGUUGCUGUCAAGGAAUUUUUAGUUUCUUCCAUACCACUGUUGGUACGAACAGAAUUUUGAUCCUUCCAUAGGAAAUCAAAACAAGUCCCCCUCCAUCAAAUUUCUGAGACACCCUGUGUAUAUAUUCUUUUGAAUAAUCUUCAAAUAUUCACUUGUACAUAAAAUCUAAAAAAGUGUAUUUUUAUUAUUGUUUUCUGCUCAAACAAGUUUUCUUCAACUUACUUGCACUUAUUAAGUUAGUGCAACAUGCCCAUGUCUCAUUAGUCUAAAUGCUGAUUACUUUGAAAUCAAAGUAAAGAGUCAAAAUUGAAGAAACUCGUAAUUUGAAGUAGGAUAUUUGAGUGUGGAUCCUUACACCAUCAUUAUAAUUUACAAAAUUAUAGAGAAGUUUUGCGUUUUAAAAAUUAUCAAAAUAGUGAUUAAAUAAAGAGAUUUAUUAUUAUUUUAUUACAAAGUCA